AUGUCCUUUAUCACGACAGCAGAUACCGUGCCCGAAACCACACUACAGCCUCCCUUUCGGGUCCUUGCCUUCUCCAAGACAUCUGGUUAUCGUCACGAGUGCAUCCCUGUCAACAUCGCCGCUCUACGUGCCCUUGGCGAUCGGACGCGCCUAUUUACCCUCGAUGCAACGGAGGACGCGGAGAUACUGACCCCGGGUACCCUUGCUGGCUACGCGACCGUUAUUUUCCUUCACACCACUGGUCCUUUUCUGAAUGAAGCCCAGAUGACUGCCCUGCAGUCCUAUGUACGGGGCGGCGGCGGCUUUGUCGGCAUUCACGCCGCUGCGAGUGGUAAUAAGGAGUCUGAAUGGUAUGGCCGUCUCGUCGGUGCGCACUUUGACUACCACCCUGCACCAGAGGAGGGAACGCUGGUGAUCGAAGAUGCGGGGCAUGAGAUUAUGUCGGGUAACUCGGGCGGUGAGCGGCGGUGGAUGGAUGAGUGGUAUAACUUCAAGACACACCCUCGGGACAACACGAACCUGCAUGUGCUGGUACGCGGCGACACCAGUUCAUUCCAGGGCGGCAAUAUGGGUGACGACCACCCGCUUGUCUGGUGUCAGGAGUUUGAAGGCGGUCGGUCAUUCUAUACGGCUCUGGGACACUUUGACGAGGCCUAUGAGGAUGAGUGGUUCAUGGGCCAGUUGGAGCGUGCCAUUGUGUGGACUUCGGGUGUGGGCAAGAUGAAAGCCGAUAAAUAG